AUGCAGGCCCCCAAACUCGAUUCCGUCACUAUCAAAAACUACCUCAAAACCCGGUUCACUCUGUUGUUACCGACAAGCGAACAGUUGCGUGCUAGCAAACAUAACCUCAACCCAUUCCGCCCAUUGGGCCAACUUACCAGAAAGAACUGGUCCUUUUUUGGGGUUGCCCUCUGUGCGUGGACGUGGGAUUCGUUUGACUUUUUUUCCGUGUCCUUGAAUGCCAGUGCCAUUGCCAAAUCGUUGGACGUGUCGGUUAAGGAUAUCACUUGGGGUAUCACACUUGUUCUUAUGCUCAGAUCUGUGGGUUCUAUUGCGUUUGGUUUAUGGGGUGAUAGAUACGGUAGCAAGUACCCCUUGAUCACCUGCUUGGGCAUAUUGAUUGUUAUCCAAAUCGGUACUGGUUUCAUCAACAGCUAUAAGCAAUUUUUGGGAGUUAGAGCGAUAUUUGGGAUUGCGAUGGGGGGUAUUUACGGCAAUGCUGCCAGUUGUGCUCUUGACGAUUGCCCAGUCGAUGCCAAGGGUAUUAUCUCGGGUAUGUUUCAGGAAGCAUACGCGUUGGGAUAUCUCUUGGCUGUGGUUUUCCAAAGAGCCAUUGUGGACAAUUCACCAAAGGGGUGGAGAGCCAUUUUCUGGUUCAGUGCGGGUCCGCCGGUGUUAUUCAUUGCCUGGAGGUUAUCUCUCCCCCAGACUGACGCAUUCAUCAGAAAGAUGGAGGUCGAGGAGAACGAAGGCGUGGAAGGAUCCAAGUUUUGGAAGAAUGCAAAGGAGUCGCUUAGAACUCAGUGGUUGAUGUUUGUCUAUUUGGUGUUGUUGAUGGCGGGGUUCAACUUUAGUUCUCACGGCUCCCAGGAUUUGUAUCCUACGUUGUUAACCAAGCAGCUUGGGUAUGGCGAUAAUCGUUCUACUGUCACCAACUCGGUGGCCAACCUCGGCGCUAUCGCCGGUGGUGUUGUUGUGGGCCAUGCAUCCUCCUUCCUCGGGCGUCGCUUGUCCAUCAUGAUCUCUUGUGUUUUGGGUGGUGCCAUGAUCUAUCCUUGGGCCUUUAUCCGUAACUCUGGAAUCAACGCUGGUGUCUUUUUCUUGCAGUUCUUUGUGCAGGGAGCUUGGGGUGUCGUCCCAGCCCAUAUUUCCUCCUUGGCCGACCCUAAGUGGAGAUCGUUCAUCGUGGGUACCUCUUACCAAUUAGGUAACUUGGCUUCGUCCGCGUCUUCUACGAUCGAAGCCACCAUCGGUGAACGAUUCCCGCUCUAUGAUGCAAACGGAGUGGCGAGGCCAGGUGUCUACAACUAUGCCAAGGUGAUGGCUAUUCUCAUGGGCUGUGUGUUCGGCUAUCUUUUGCUUAUUACCUUCAUAGGACCUGAGAAGCGUGAAAUAGUGGGGAUAGCCCACAUGGAUGACUCCGACGAUUAUGAUGUUGCCAGUUUACAAUACAAGGACGAGGCGGAGAACGUGGAACAUGUUCACGAUGUGGAAAGUCAGAGAGUCAAAGCUCCAAAUUAG